AUGCCGGGCCAACCAAACCAAAGCCCCACCGGGGGGCCUGGAAGCCAGGACGGGGAAAGCCGCGCCGUUAACCGGGAGGAAAAAACGGGGGCAACCACCAAUCCCGGUCAAAAAGGGGCAAACCGCCCCGGUUCCCAAGGGGUUUGGAGCUCCCUUUUAACCCGGCCAAAAAAACGUCCGCGCCAAAAAAGGGACCCGGCCGGGCCAAAGGGUCUGCUUUUUACCCCGGAAACACAGCCCCGGGGGGCCAAAAACGAAAAACCCCCCCAAAAGCCGCCCCAAAGGGGAAAAAGGGCCCCCAGUCAACCAAAAAUUGGGGAACCGGCCGGACCGGGGCCGCGGCCGGGCAACCGGGCAAGGCCAAAAACGGAAAAGCCUGCCCGCCCCUUCAAAAAGCCCCAAAGGGGCCCCGGGAAAAAAAGGCCCCCAACAAACCCGAUGGGGGAAAACCGCAAGGCCCCUCCCCCGCAGGUCCCUUCGGAAGAAACCCCGGUCCCCGGGGGGUUAAAACCAAAAACCGACCCAGGGGCGGGGUUCAACCGAAAAGAAAAAAUCCCCCCGGCGCCCCCGUGCGCCCAUGGAGGAAAAGGGCCCCCAAAAGGACAUCCAGUUAAAAAAGAGAAAAAAAAGGUCCCCCCAACAAACAAAAAAGGCCAAAAAAACGAACCUGGGGAAACCAAACCUUGUUUCCCGGCGGCGGGGAAAAGGAAAACCCUCCCCCCUUCCCCCUGGCCCAAAAACCCCAAUUUUGGCCACCCCCAAAAAUGGGUUCCGGGUUUUCCUAACCAGCUUGGAGACCUCGAUACGGCGACUAGCGUCUGGGCACGUCCUUGUGCUGGGGGACUUCAACGCAAAGUCCACUGCGUGGGGUUCCCCCAGGACGGACGCCAGGGGCGAGGCCGUAGAGGAGUGGGCGGCCUCGGUGGGCCUCUGUCUUCUAAACAGAGGCUCCACCAACACGUGCGUGCGACAGCAGGGGGGGUCGAUAGUGGACCUUUCGUUCGCUACCCCUGCCCUCGCCGCACGAGUAAGGAACUGGUGUGUCCUGGAAGAGGUUGA